UACGCCGCGUUUCGGUUUGCCGCCCUUACUCCCGGCUCUGAGAUGAAUUUUCCGAGUCACGUGGGUUGUUCUUUGGGAGCGGUGCUACAGAAGGUGUAAUCUCAGAGUAUGCACGUAUGGAACAUGUUAUAUUAAAGAGAACGUGAGGUGUAUUGCAGCUGCCGGGAACCAGAAGGAGAAAUAGCGUUUAUUUUAUAUUUAAGCAGCUGAGCCACAGUCUGCGUGAAGCAUUAAAUACGUGGCUAAAAGGGGGGUUCAGCCACAGCCUAGUGAGGGAAGAAGGUGCUGUGCAGCUGUAGAGCUUAAGCAGGAGCGUGAGCAGCUUUGAGCAGGACUCAGGAGAGCUAAAAAAGUGCAUCUUCUUGCUGGUUAUGGUGGUAGACAUAUGAUACCUUAUGGAAGUAUGGCUGCCUAACUGGAGUCACUGGACAUUUUUUCAAGCUGUUGUAAGGAAAGAAACUCCUACUAAAAUGGAAGGAGAAGAUAAAGAAAAUCUCUCUUCUACGUGCGAGGCUGUGUCUCAGCUGUGGAGAAACUAGUUCAAUGGCUUGAAGAAAGAGAAAUUCUGGUAUCCCAGCUGUACACUGGAAUGCAUUCAAGCCAAAAUGUACAGAUCCUGAGCUAAGACAGAACUCUGCCAGAAAACAAUGACGCAUUCUCUCUUAAUGUCCAGUCCCAGCAAAGAUGUAUUGUGAUCUUUGCGCUGGUAUGCUGCUUUGCAAUUCUGGUUGCACUGAUAUUUUCGGCAGUGGAUAUUAUGGGAGAAGAUGAGGAUGGACUCUCAGAAAAGAACUGUCAAAAUAACUGUCGGGUUGCUCUUGUGGAAAAUAUUCCUGAAGGGAUCAACUAUUCAGACAGUGCACCAUCCCACUUGUCUCUUUUCCAAGGCUGGAUGAAUUUGCUUAAUAUGGCCGAAAAGUCUGUUGACAUAGUAUCUUCCCAGUGGGACCUCAAUCACAGUCAUCCAUCAGCAUGCCAGGGUCAGCGUCUUUUUGAAAAAUUGCUUGAACUAGCAUCCCGAAAUAUUGAGAUAAAACUAGUGAGUGACAUACUGCCCGUGGAAUCAAAAGUAUUAAAUGACUUGAAAUCAAAGGGUGCUGAAGUGAUGUAUAUGAACAUGUCAGCAUAUAAUGAAGGCCGCCUUCAGUCAUCUUUCUGGAUUGUUGAUAAACAGCAUGUGUACAUUGGAAGCGCAAGCCUGGACUGGAGAUCACUGGGACAGAUGAAAGAACUUGGCGUCAUUGUGUACAACUGCAGCUGCCUCGUCCUGGAUUUACAAAGGAUAUUUGCGCUGUACAGUUCAUUAAAAUACAAGAAUAAAAUACCUCCGAGUUGGUCAAAGAGACUAUAUGGAGUGUACGAUACUCAAAACAAACUGACGCUGCAGCUGAACGAGACAAAAUCAGAAGCUUUUGUGUCGAAUUCACCUAAACUCUUCUGCCCAAAGGACAGAGUCCUGGAUAUUGAAGCUAUAUACAAUGUAAUCGAUGAUGCCAAACAGUUUGUAUACAUAGCUGUCAUGGACUACUUGCCGAUCGUCACUGACACAAACGCUAAACGAUACUGGCCGUUUCUAGAUGGGAAGAUAAGAGAAGCAUUAGUUUUACGAAGUAUUAAAGUACGACUUCUCAUAAGUUUCUCAAGAGACACAGAUCCGCUUACUUUUAACUUUGUUUCAUCUCUCAAAGCGAUUUGCACUGAAGUUCCAAGCUGCAGUUUGAAAGUUAAAUUCUUUGACCUCGAGGAAGAGAGUGCCUGCUUUCUCAAAGAUCAGAAGAACACCUCCCUUCCAAAACUAAACCGUAACAAAUACAUGGUGACUGAUGGAGCUGCAUACAUUGGUAAUUUUGAUUGGGUAGGAAAUGCUUUUACGCAGAAUGCUGGAGCAGGCCUCGUUAUCAACCAAGCAGACGCGGGGAACAGCACAAGCAUCAUAAAGCAACUCAAGGCUGUUUUUGAAAGAGACUGGUAUUCACACUAUGCCAAAAGUUUACAACCAACAAAAAUGCCAAACUGCUUUAAUCACAAACUCAGUAAAGCAACAUCAAAUAAGACUGCCAUGAGCAAUGUGAACUAGAAAGACUAUUUUACUGUUUAGUAUGGCGAUGAAGAAUUACAUUGGGGUGUAGCCCUCUUUCAUAUUUACAAACAAAAGACUUCAGCAAAAAAAAAGUUUGGUUGGGGGGGAUUGUUUUUAGGAAAAAGCACACUUAUAUAAAAACUGUCUAAAAUACAUUCUCUGUUGAUUUGAGACUUUCAGGUUUGUUACUUCUGACACUGAAUGUCAUUUCUGCUUCCAUGUUAAUUUUUAUGUUCCUCAUUUGAACUGAGCAUUUAACUGAAACAGGAGAAUUGACUCUUGCUGUUUUAAGAAUUUCCCUAAUUGCCAUUCUGGCUAGAACAAGCCCUUGGCAGAACAGAGAUCCUGGCUAUGAAAUGGCGUUCUAAGAUCAGUUACUGUUGAUGUACAAGUAGAUGGUAGGUUUACUCUAUUAGAAAAGAGUAAAGAAGAAUAAGGAUAUAUUCACCUAUUCAAAUAAUUCCCUCUAAAUAAACAUCCAGUCACGCAAGUUUUUCCUAGUUUUCAGCAUUUAGUUUAAGCAUCAUUCUGAUGUGUUUUCUAAAUAGCCUUAAAUUACAUUUGCGUUCUGUGAUUGGUACCUUACUUUAUUCACCUCUAAAGGGGACGAAGGUUUUGAGGGACUGAGGUUGACCCAAUCAAAUUCAUCAGAAUCCCUGAAACCUCUCAGUUAAAUCAAUUUUCAUCAACAUAGUAUGGCUUCCUUUUAACAUAACAGCUAUUUCUAAUUACAGUAGCAUAUAACAAUGUAAAUCUCUUCAGUAAAAGCAAAGAUCGAGGAUUGACUUUUCUUGCAAUCUCAAGAAAAAAUUUUACCGAAGUAGAAUAUUCAAGUGCAGGUCGGCAGUUGCUUGCUGACUCAUUUUUAGACAAAUGCAUAUAUACAAAAAAAUUAAAAAAAUUUUAGGGUAGUAAAGGGUUCUGCAAAAAAAUGCAAAGAUUAUUUAAUUUCAUAUUUUCUUUCCCUUCAUAUCAAUAAAAAAAAUUGCAAAAUGGCAUUUUUUUAAAAAAUGUCAUCCAUAUAGAUGUAUAUAUCAGCACACCAGACACACGAUGCUUUCAUUUAGGCCACAGUUUCAGCUGGCAUUAACAGUGUCCCUCUACAAAUGUGACUCAGCUGCACUAAGAUGCAACUGUUCUGCAGAAGUGUGAAUUUGCUCUUUAAAAAAAAAGGCAUUAACAUGUGACAAUAGAGUUUUCUCUAGCCUCAUAUUAGUUUAGUUUCUUAAUGAAAAUUACCACCCUUCUGCUGAAGGAAUCCAGCCACAAAAGCAAACUGCAUUCUUCAUUUUGUUGAAAAUGCACUGUAUCCAAAAUGCAGACUGUUCUCACCAUGCUGAACGUUACAGAAGGGAUGCUUUGAAAGCAGUGGGUUAAUAGAAAAGGAAAAGAAAUGCCUGAAAGGAUUAUUUUCACCUUAAGAACAAUUUAACUAGAAAGACACCCUGACUAGAAUGCAGGUUUCAUUUACAUGCAGCUUAAAAAAAAAAGUUUUAUUUUAAAAGUAAGCACAGUUUUUCAAACUGUACCUUUUUACAAUUUCUUAAUGUCAUUUUCUGACAGUUGCUGGCUAGAGAGAGACACACACCAUGAAACUGGUUGUGAUUGAGAAAGGCACGCUUCUCACAAACACCGUUUCUUUUGCAGUUUCCCAGUUGUACAUCAUCUUACUGAAAAGAAAAAAAAUCUUCUAGUUGUCAACUUUUACAGAAAAGAUUGUGCAGAGCUCUAAUGCUCAUUUUGUAAUAUUCAGAUAAACCCAUGCAAUUUAUUAGCCUUCACAUAAACAGAGAAGAGCAUAUACUCUGACAUUCAUUUAAGAAACAAAAAAAAUACUCUGAAAAAAGUUACCCGAGUUGCUUUGAAGGAAAAGUCUUUGCGAAGAAAAACUUUUGUAUCUUCCUUCUUCUGUAUGUAACUUUAGUGUAUGUAUAGCAGGUAUGAUGGAGAUGCCCAGCACUUAACUAAGGGCCUUUUUUCUAUUAUUGUUAAAUAAAUAUUAGUCCAGAUUCAUCUCUGCUGAAACUCUUACCAAUUUCAGCUGAGUUACAUCACCAAUGAUUUUAGUCUUCUGAGUCAAUGGGGAAAAAAUAAAAUUAAAAAACAACAUUUUUAAAAACAGGUUGCAAUAUUUGUAAAUUUUCUGAGAGACUAAGAAUAAGUAAGUGCCCAUGGAUGGGUUAUGUUAAAGCUCGAGAUAAAUUUAAUAUCAAGUCUUUGGAAAAAGGGAAAAAAAACCUACACAGAACCUUCUCCCCACUGUCCAGAGUUGGUAGCUGUAGCACCUGAUGGCAAUAAUAUUCAAGAAGAAUCAAUGUAGUACUUUCUCCCUCGCAUUAUGGGUACUAACAAUGUCUUAAGUUUUUGAAAUGGUGUUUUGUACAUGUAAUGAACAAUCUCAGUGAAAGAGAUAUUUGUCAAAUGAUAAAGCUAAUCUGUCUCUUCAGAUUUAGUAUUUAGUGAUGGGACAAUGGAGUUACCACUGACCUUCUGUUUAGUAUACCAAAUGAAUGAUUCAAAUGUAGUAGUUUCAUUGGACAGAUCCUAGGGAAAUACAAUCCUGAGCAUUAACUGGGUCCACCUGUUUACAAGUACAUUCUCAUUGACUUGAUGAACAAAUUCUAAUGCUUCAAAGACCCCCCUCCAAAUCAGUAAUACAUUCGGUUUUUAUGAUGGAAGGGGUCUGGUUUUCUCUGAGCAACUGUAAUGCGAAAUAGUGGUCAGCCAUCCCACAACCGGACUGGCAGGCUCAAGUUUCAUUUGGUAUAAUGCUCGGGUUGGUGUUUUAAUAGCUGUUCGGAAUGGUAGCAGUUCCAAAGCAGCACAGAAGGCUUUGGUCUGUUACACUAGCCAAAAGACAAAGUGCAUCCUUGGACUUCAGCAAGUAGGAAAUUAAAGAGAAAAAACCAAUCACACAAACAUUAUUUUUUAAAGCUGUUGCAGCCAAUUAUUUGUUUCUGGCUAGCAUUGUUCCUGCUUAACUAGAUUUGCCACAGCAGCUUCGACUGUGGCUUCAGCUCCUUCUGCCAAUGUAAAUAAAUCUGUAACAAAUCUAUUUCACAUUGAUUUAGCAGAGAUCCGUCUAGACCAGUUUCCUCUUGCUUCAGCUCUUCUGAAUAUAACCACUGCACAAUGUCCAAACCUAACAGGAAUUUGCAUUCAGUAGUGUCUCAAGGACCUCAGAGACAUAAUCCAAAAGAUGCACUUUCUCUAAUCCCCUUUUAACUGGCAUUGGUAACUCUGUCAUAUUACAGGCUAUUUCCUAAACAGAACAGCUUUAUCCUUAAAGAAAACAGACUGUAAUUGUUGUUUGCUGCAUUUACUAGUGCCUUACUCAUAGUUUUUGUUUAACUGUUCCUCAAACGAAGUCCUAAGAUCUUGUACCUGGUUCUGAGGCAUACAGCAAGUCUCUUAAGUAAGACAACUACACAUGGUGAUGUUUACAGGUUAGUACCUAACACUAAAGUCACAAAAAGACAAAAAUUCUAUGUGCGAUGUUGGUCCAAAUGCCAAGCAUGUAAUUCUGAGAAUUUUUAGCCCGGCGCAGUUUUAAAACUGAACUCCUCAAACUACUUCUACAUUUGUUAUCAACUAACCCACAACAUGAUCAAAGCAGUCUGUCCUGCUGAAGUGUAAAAACAAGUGAAAUCUAAAUUCUCCCAACAUCUGGCUGACAGCAAAACAUCACCCCAGGAAUUCAUUUAAGCACAGGAUGAAGACCAAUACAGAGGUUACUUCAAAGUCUCACAUGUUACAGCUCAAGUAGUUUUGGGCAGGACACCGCCUUUUUUCUGUCUCUAAGAAUGUACUCUUAUUUAUCAUGCGACAAACCAGACAGCAAAUAGUUUCUGGGGGCUUGGUUGCUGGUCGUCUGUCUGAGGGUAGGGAAGAAGGAUGUUCUUCUGUUUUUAAUACUGGAGAAAAAAAGUCAAUAGAGUGGGCAUUUAACUAUUGCCCUGAACGAGUAUCUACAGCUACUCUUCCUUUCUCUCCAAAGAAAGACCAGUAAAACAUGCAUUACGUGCCACCACACAAGGACCAUAGCUGUACCUAUUUAAGUAAGAUUUAAGUAAGUUUUUGUGUGAUUCACUUUUUUUGUAAGAAAUGCAUCUUCGAACAGAAUGGGCUGGCCUUGCUGUGCAAUGUUGUACACAAUUCAGGGCCCAGUAUUCCUUCUAAUAAAUCCAGACUGUGAACACAGCUCAGGGGAAAGCUUGAAGAACAACUAAAAAUGCUCAGAAUUCUACUUUUGAGCUACCCAUUCUUUGCAUUCUACUAACCAUCUAAAUUCUUUCUACUACUUCACUGAGUAUUGCAUACAUGAAAACUGAACUAAGAUCCAUGUGAACGUUACCUACUGUUUCAUCCUAAUCUAAGGAGAAACCCAGACAGAAUUUCUAUGGCUUUUUUUGUGACUUUAGUGUGUACUUACUGAAAAUAGCACAGACUUUUCCAGUAAGACGGAAAGACAUCAGCUGGCUAUUCCAGAUUUUCAACCUGAAGUCCUUUUCAAAUAUCUUCCUCUUGUAUAUCAUGUACUUGACUCCUGAGAACGUCCUUAUAGAGAGCUGUAAGUUACCAUUUUGGACUUCAUAAUUAACCCUUUAUUUUAAUACAAAAAUAUUGACUACACCUAUUGUAUGUUUAGAGACAGUAGCUUCUGGCACUGUUUUACCUGUUUUACUUCCACUCCUAUCCUUUCUACACAUAUAUACUCACGUUUUCUCACUUUGUCCGAUUUAAUCUAUUGUAAAAAGAAGAAUGAAUCCUUGGUGAAUCCUUUUCAGUUCACAGUGAUACUUCCCGAGUUGAAUACACCAUUAAACAUGUUCCACUUCUAACACCA